UCCUCCUGCUGGACACCACCUUUGCUGCAGAGGCAUGCUUUCAUUCAGCCUGUUUUUGCCAAAGCGGCUGCGUGUGCCAGAGCAUCACAAAGACACACAUACACAAAUACGCACACAAAAAAAAAAACAUUUUGAAUUUAGAAGUAUAGCGAGUUCUUGGAGCUGACUGCCGUGCAUCUAAAUGGCUGUUACUAACAGUAAGUACAUUCACUGAAAUACUGUACUUAAGCAGAGUUCUGAGGUACUUGACUUCCAUUUUGUGCUACUUUAUACUGAUACUGUGCUUUUUACCCAACUACAUUUACUUGACAGCUGUAGUUACAACUUAAUUUCCAGAUUAAGAUUUUACAUUAAAGGAAAAUAUGAUAAACCUUAUAAAAUACAACACGUUGUUGAGGAUUAAACCUUUGAUUUCCAACCUUUUUGGCUUGUGACUGCUUACACAAACGUUGCGUGUCAUUGUGCGUCAGACAUUUCCCCCUAAACUUCUGGCGUGGUGUCCUCUAAAUAACUGUUUGAGGCCCAAGGAGAUAAAAUUAUCCGUGUUGCAAUAGAAGCAAAGAUUAGAGAAACAUCCAAAAAAUUAAAACAAAUUUAUAUAUCAGGCCUUUUUUUUCUUCUUUUCUCUCACUUUCCACCCGGAGCUAGUUCGAUCGGAUUGAUGCAUCGGUAUCAAUAACAAUGUAAUCAUGCGAUAAAUAAUUAUACAUCAGUCACAGGGCUUUUUCUCUGCAGAAUGUGUACUUUUACUUUUGAUACCUCAAGCAGAUUUUGCUGCUAAUGCUUCUGUACUUUCACUGAAGUGGAAAUUUUAAAUGCAGCAUUUUUUUGCAUCGCUGUACUGUUACUUCCACUUCAGUAAAGGAUCUGAGUACUUCUUCCAACACUGGUUUUUCUAAAAGCCUGACCAAGACCGCACCGCACCGCGUGAGUGCGGGACACAUUCCACAUUGAAACAAACUGUGUUUCGACAGAGUCCUGUGCGGGUCGCUGUGGCUCCUUCGAUCCACUGACUAAAUGUCAGUGUGACUCCAUGUGUGUUUACUAUGGGAGCUGCUGUGGAGACUUUGAAACCAUCUGCCCCAAAAAAAUUGCUCGUGGUGAUACCUUCGAGGAGGGAGCGGAGGUAACAGAAACAGUGACGACUCCUGCUACAACUGUCGGCCCGACUCUCGACACAGACGCAGCAGCUGCCCCUCUCCCGACCGACGCCCACCAGCGCCCACACCACCACGGCAAGCCCGCGCCACCCGUAGACCCCGAUGCAGCAGCCUGCAGUGGUCGACCUUUCGAUGCUUUUCUGCAGCUGAAGAAUGGGUCCACCUACGCAUUCAGAGGUGAAUAUUUCUUUGAGUUGGACGAUAAGUCAAUACUUCCUGGUUACCCCAGACUCAUCCAGGAUGUGUGGGGAAUCUCAGGGCCGAUCGAUGCUGCAUUCACACGCAUCAACUGCCAGGGGAAAUCCUACAUCUUUAAGGGGAAGAAGUUCUGGAGGUUUGACGGCGAUGUCUUAGAUGAGGGCUAUCCGCGGGACAUUUCGGUCGGCUUUGACGGCAUACCAGCAGACAUUGAUGCCGCGUUCGCCGUGCCAGCACCAAGCCACAGUGGCGUAGAGAGAGCCUACUUUUUCAAAGGGGACAGGUAUUACCAUUAUGAGUUCAAGCACCAGCCUUCCCAUGAGGAGUGUGUCCGCAUGAGCAUGUCCACCCCGUCUGUGCUGUUCACGCGAUACACGGACCUUUUCUGCGAUCAGACAUUUGGGGAUCUCCUCACAGAGCUCUAUAGUUACUCUAUCGUCAGUCGCCCUCGUAUGGGCCCUCAUUUCAUCAGCAGGGACUGGCAGGGCCUCAGGCCUCAGAUAGAUGCUGCUAUGGUGGGACGAGUCUACCUCAGUCCCAAGCCCACGCCAUCUUCUCCACCAGUGAGGAGGCGGAGCAGUCGGAGAAGGCGGCCCAGCAAGAGGAAUGGAAGGCGAGGACGGCAGAGUCGCUAUGUGUUUGAUUUCUGGGGUUACGAUGAUUGGUAUGACUACAGCGACUACAACUACAACACUGAGAGCACCACACAGGAGUACAAGAGCACUCCUGUGCAAAAUGUGUAUUUUUUCAAGAGAGAUAAAUACUACAGAGUGAAUCUGCAGACAAAACGCGUGGACUCUGCCAACCCCCCGUACCCACGUUCCAUUGCGAAAUACUGGCUGGGCUGCAAGCAUGAGGAGACAAGUGAUGCAUCAGGGGCAGAGAAGAGAUAGGCCAGCUGAGUGAGUCUGUAGUUUGGAGGAAGAUCCAUAUAUCUUUUUGUGACAAGUCAUUAAAGUAGUUACAACAUGAACUUAAAAUUACUUGUUAUUUUUGUCGUUAAAGAAUUUUGUUCUUAAUAAAUACUCCUCUAAUGUCCCCUCUACAUUUAGGUGGAUAGGCUGAAAUUCUGCAUACUUUAAUAAAUUUGAGAUUACAGUGUUUUGAGUGGUUUAAUUAUCUUCUCCUUUGAAGAUCUACAGCUCAAUUUCGUUUUCACAAAGGUUGAUACUGGUACGUGUAAGUGAUUGUUCUCUGACAGACAACAGUACAUGCACACACUGGCCUCUGUUGGUCUGUGUUUUCACCCGCAGCCCUGCGGGAAUAACAGAUUUAUGCAUGCUGCUGCACUGAGAUCCUCUGCUGACGUAACUUCUUUAGCAGACAGUGGUUCUCUUGAAGGAGGGCCACCAUCUGCUGGACAAAAGACUGCAAGGGAAGACACAGCACACAAAAAGGAUAAAAAAACAAAAAGUAAUGAAUUGAAUUUAAGGAUUUUUAUACAUGCACGUCAUUUUAUAUUUUUCUUUGUAUGUUAUUCAUACAACAUCAUCAACACUUUUAUCAUGUGUUCUGUUUGCAUUCACGUAACACUUAUGUUCUAAAGUGACUAAUGCAUUUAUCCUGCCUGAAUACACACCACAAUACACUCAGGUCCACAUUUAGAUUGUCACUUAUUUGCCUGUGGAUCCAGUGGGGACAAAAUAAUGUGUAUCCUAAAGUAUAAUGAUUUACUUUUAGAUUUGUUAGUUGACACUUAAUUGUUUUCCUUGCUUUAUUUUGUUU